AGCUGAUCUCCUUGGAUGGAGUGUUUUCGCUUGAUGUUCGCUCGCGCUGCCUGGCUAUGACUGCGCUUGUGGGAGAUUGCAGAUCAGUCGUGGCACACUGACACGCAGCGAUCCGCGAGACAUUAUGGCCCAGGCUGCUCAGAUGAAUGUCAUCGAGAUCAACAGCCCCAUUCGCGUUGAGCACGACAAGAAACGACGCCAGUUCAGCAUCCGCCUCAACGGUUCGUAUGAUCGAGCUGUAUUACUGUAUGAAUAUGUGGGGAAGAAGACGGUGGAUCUGCAACACACUGAGGUUCCUGAUGCUUACAGAGGACGAGGAAUCGCCAAGCACCUGGCCAAGGCAGCGAUGGAUUUUGUGGUCGAGGAAGACCUCAGGGCUCACCUGACCUGCUGGUACAUUCAAAAGUAUGUGAAAGAAAACCCUCAUCCUCACUACCUGGAGCACAUCAUCAUCCACUGAGGGAGAUGCCAACAGGAUGAAAAGACUUUUCUGUUGCUGACUGGGCAUUUGUGCUCCAGGGGCAGGGGGGUUUUGACUGGAACUGGUCUUCUCUGAGAGAUAUGGUGUCUGUGUGUGUAAGAGAGAGAGAGAGAGAGAGAAUGUUUGGAGAUGACAAGAUAAAAUUAUCAGCAACUGUACAGACAACGCUGCGGACGUAUCUACGAUGUUUGGAGCAUGCGUUUUCCAUGAGAGGGGGAACAAUUGUCUGCUUCGUAAACAAGUGGGCCUGUUUUUACAGCUCUAAUGACUUUGUGGGUUAUGGGAUCCACAUGCCAACACGCCAAAACAGGGUUCCAUGAAUACCAUCCACAGAAAGAAAACAAAACAGCAAUUUUUGUUACUUCACAUGCCUUUCUAGCCUAAUGCCUUGAGGUCCAAGUGGUGCUCAAAACACACAUGCAUGCAAAAAAAUUAACCUAAAGCCAACAUAGGUCACUGUAGCAGCCAUGUAUUGUGAGUGAGUGUAUAUUUAGGUGCCGUGUGGAAACUUCGGGCCAGUUUCAGGUGGCGAUACUCGUGAUACAAUCCCCACAACCACCGCCAUACUCUAAGGGGCAGACACUCUCAGGAUUGACACUUGAAACAGUCAGCACUGCCCUUCAGGACAGGGAGUGUGUAAUGUGUGUUUGCAUAACAGAAGCAUGGUGUGAGUUAUGUCAUCUAUGUGUGUGUUCAAGUCGGAGUGUGUGUCUAAGGUAAAUGUGUGUGUUAUUCCUGUUCCUGCCUUUUCCCCAUGGCCUUAUUAAUCAUGGCGUCCAGGAAGGCCACCGAUAAACAGGGUGAGUAAGGUGCUCAAACUACAACAGCGCAGUCUGCCCUUCCACUAUAAGAUCUGUAGCAACAUGCAUCAUUUUGAUGAAAUGAAGGUCUUGCUCUCUGAAUAUUUAGAGGCUUGCCAUAGUCAGUAGUAACUGUUCCAAGAGAAUGAUCCGUGCAAAUAAAUGAGGCCUGAAAUUCGUCAGUUUGUACACAUUCAUGUACUCUAUAUUAACAUUCACGUUUUAAAAUAAAGAAAUAGAUGUCAUUUUACUGUCACUGUUAUU